GGUACAGAGCAGCAUCAGCAUCGCUCUCCUCUCAGCGGCAGUUUUGCGCUAGACAAGUCGGAACAAUUUCUCACAUAUAGCUUCUUAUUGCACUCACAACUUUGCAUCUAAGAAGAGAGCUCCGGGAAUUAAUACCAUUUAUUCGAGGAAGGCGAGUCGGUCAAUACGCUGUCCCUUGAUCUUACAGCGCUCUGGCAAAGAUGCAUUUUGUAUCGGUUGUUAUACUGACGUGCACCUUACUUGUGGAAACAUCUUGGGGGACCAAGGCAGGCCAACCUCCUAAACCCCCAUGCAGACCAGGCUUCUCUGAGAGCUUCUACACUGUGUUUGUCUCGAGGGAUCUACUGCGAGGCCAGAGCAUUCUCAAAGACACCAGCCUAUCGAGUGAACGUGUAAAGUUUGAGGACUGCAAGCACAGUAAAGCAGUGGGCUUCGAGAGCAGUGACCCUAACUUCAGUGUGCGCCCUGACGGCUCGGUGUACGCGGAGCAGGAAGUGGCCAACCUGUCAGAACCGAUCCAGUUCAUGGUGACCGCCCGCGGAGGUCAUGACCCUCACAUCUGGGAGACCACGGUCAAGCUGGCCUUGUUUGGACACCAGCCCUCUGUCCCUGUGAGUCAGAUUGGAGUGGAGGAUAUGAUUGCAAGGGCCUGGGACUCUAAUCCCAGGGUUAUCAAGUUUCCACGGAAACAUCAAAAAAGCUCCUCUGCCAAUGGACUGAGACGACAGAAGCGAGACUGGGUCAUCCCACCAAUCAAUGUGCCUGAAAACUCCAGAGGACCCUUCCCACAAAUGCUUGUCAGAAUCCGCUCGGACCAGGACCUGGAGAAAGGGAUACGCUACAGCAUCACUGGAGCAGGGGCGGACCAGCCUCCCAUUGACGUGUACAACAUCGACCCUGUGCACGGCAAGAUGUUUGUCACCAGACCCCUGGACAGAGAGGAGAGGGCCUCCUACCAUCUGCGGGCCCAUGCUGUGGACAUGAAUGGGAACAAGGUGGAAAGCCCCAUAGAUCUAUACAUCUACGUCAUCGACAUGAAUGACAACCGGCCAGAGUUCCAGAACCAGGUCUACAAUGGCUCUGUGGCUGAAGGCUCAAAGCCAGGCACGUUGGUGAUGCAAGUGACAGCCAACGACUCAGAUGAUGACACCACAGCCAAUGGGAUGGUGCGCUACCGGAUCCUGUCCCAGACCCCCCACAUGCCCAUCCCCAACAUGUUCACCAUCAACAGUGAGACGGGAGACAUCUUCACCAUGGCUGCCGGCCUGGACAGGGAGAAAGUGUCCCAGUACAUCAUCAUCGUCCAGGCCACGGACAUGGAGGGGAACCUGAACUUUGGCCUGUCCAACACGGCCACCGCCCUCAUCUCUGUGACCGACAUCAACGACAAUCCUCCCGAGCUGACCGCCAGGACGUUUUCGGGGGAGGUCCCAGAGAACAGUGUGAAUGUGGUGGUGGCCAACCUGACAGUGAUUGACAGGGAUCAGCCCCACAGCCCUAACUGGGCUGCCCAGUACCGCAUCGCCAGCGGAGACCCCCAGGGUCACUUCCUCAUCCGCACCAACCCUAUCAACAACGACGGCAUGGUCACUGUGGUCAAGCCGGUGGACUAUGAGCAGAACAGGGCCUUCAUGCUGACUGUGAUAGUCUCUAACAAGGCCCCCCUGGCCAGUGGGAUCCAGUCUUCUCUCCAGUCUUCAGCGGGGGUCACCAUCUCCGUACAGGACGUCAACGAAUCCCCUGUCUUCCCCACCAACCCCAAGUCCAUCCGUUUUGAGGAGGGUGUCCCCGCAGGCACCACACUCACCGUGUUUGCUGCCCAAGACCCUGACCUCUUCAUCCAGCAAACUGUCAGGUACUCCAAGCUGUCUGACCCCGCUAACUGGCUGAGGAUCAACAGGACCAAUGGUCAGAUCACCACCAUGGCUGUGCUGGACAGGGAGUCUAUGUACGUCAGGAACAACAUCUAUGAGGCCACCUUCCUGGCUGCCGACAAUGGUAAGUCUGGUUCUCCCCCGGCCAGUGGAACAGGUACUCUGCAGAUCCAUCUGAUAGAUGUGAAUGACAAUGCUCCGGUGAUGAUGCCCAAGGAGGCCCAGUUGUGUGAACGCGCCAAUCCCCGCUCCAAGGUCAACAUCACAGCCUCCGAUGCCGACGCUGACCCCCAUGUGGGGCCCUUUGUGUUUGAGCUGCCCUCCUACCCCCCCAGCAUCCGACGCAACUGGACCAUCUCCAGGAUCAGCGGUGACUAUGCCCAGUUGAGACUGAGGAUUCCCUACCUGGAUGCAGAGGUGUAUGAUGUUCCCAUCAUCGUGUCGGACUCCGGUAACCCGCCCCUCUCUAACAGGUCCAUUAUAAAGGUCAAGGUGUGUCCGUGUGAUGACAACGGAGACUGUACUACCACCGGAGCUGUGGCUGCUGCCGGACUGGGGACCGGAGCCAUCAUAGCCAUACUCAUCUGUAUCAUCAUACUGCUUAUCCUGGUGCUAGUGUUUGUGAUGUGGAUGAAGCGCAGGGAGAAGGAGCGUCAGGCCAAGCCCCUGCUGAUCGACCCAGAGGACGACGUCAGAGACAACAUUCUGAAGUACGACGAGGAGGGAGGAGGAGAGGAGGACCAGGACUAUGACUUGAGCCAGCUGCAGCAGCCUGAGUCUGUGGAGCACAUAAUCAGUAAACCAGUGGGGGUGCGCAGGGUGGACGAGAGGCCCAUCAUCGCUGAGUCCCAGUACCCUGUCAGACCCAGCCUGCCCCACCCUGGAGACAUCGGAGACUUCAUAAACGACGGUCUGAGGGCGGCGGACAACGACCCUACGGCCCCGCCCUAUGACUCCCUGCUGGUGUUUGACUAUGAGGGCAGUGGCUCCACGGCCGGCUCUGUCAGCUCCCUCAACUCCUCUAGCUCAGGAGACCAGGACUACGACUACCUCAACGACUGGGGCCCCCGCUUCAAAAAGCUGGCAGACCUCUACGGCGGGGGAGAGGACAACUGAGAGAGGGGUGUGGGUGGGUACGGAGGGGGUCCGGGGGGAGGGAUUGGGGUCAGAUGCUCCUCGAAACCACAGGCAGGGCCCAAGCAGUACCACAUGAGAUAUUCCCAUAGUAGACCAGUGAGGAGAGGACGGAACCUAAGAGAGUGUUCUAGAAGACGGCCUGUGACCUCACAGGUUCUGCUGCUACUCUAUUCUGGCUUUUUUAGUGGCAAGUUUUUAGUGUGUUUUGUUUCUCACUCUACUGGACGUCGAGCUAUCUGGGGAUGCGAGACACUUCUGAGAGACAGGAGUGCUGACGCUCGUUUGGCUUGGAUGAUGAAAAGGAACAUGACAAACUCAUCUCCUUUUGGUUUAACGCUGAACACAAUGUACAGAAAGACACUCUUUCUCUCUCUCAACUUGAAUUUCCUUAGAACAGAAGCACUGUCAUUUUAUAAAGUGCCUUUUGUGGUGUGUUUUGUAUCGGACUCCUGCUAUCUCAGGGUUGGUUGCCAUUGGAGAAGUUUCGAGCGGCACACUCCCUUGUAACCUCCGCCGCCCCCCCCCCCCCCCCCCCCCCCCCCCCCCAACCUUCAUAUGAGUCCCUCUCCUCUGCUCUCUGAUGUCACAAGAACUGCUGUACCCAGCAGCAACACAGACGAGAGAACCACACAAUGAGGGCUGGCUGUAGGUAAAGAUCAGUUAUACUCCUUUUGGAGCGUUUUGGAGAAGUAUUACUAAAGCAACCCUCUGUCAGUGAUACCUGAUACAUCACUGGGCUGAUCGAAGACUUACCCAACCAUCAUCCGGUCAACACAACACUGACAUUGGAUGUGUGUAUGUGUGUCUGUUUUUAAAACUGAGGGGGGUUUCUAACAAACAGAGAAUGCCUGCCUUUCCUCUGUGAACUCAUGAGUCCAGGAGCCUAUACGCUCAGAUGCUUGCCUGCCCUGUACGGUUUUGUGUUGCUUUCCACACUGUAAAGCUUAUGUAGGCAUGAUCUGAAUAGUGAGAUAGUAUAACACAGUAAGACUUGAAAUGGCUUGGAAAGAAUGCACUGAUAAAGAAGAAUUAGAAGGAUUUUUCUGGCCUUGAACAUUCCCAUUUUUAGGUCAACAAAACUAUUGAGAGAUGCAUGAAUUAUUUUAUUUUUUAUGUUUUACUUAACGCACUUAUUCUUCUGUGGUGAGAAUGUGAAUAUACUCUGUAAAAAGACAUUCAAAAAAGAACAUGCUGUACGAUACCUAUUUUUGAAGUAUUCAUUUCAAAAAAAGUUGCUGCUCUAGCUAGCUCUUCAAUAGGCUGAAAGACGUUUUGGAACAGCUAUUUUCAAUGUGUGCGUGUGUUUCUUUUCUCAACUUUGUCAAGACGCUGUACGUUUGUUUCAGUUUAUCUUUUCUAUUUUUUUAUUUUUUGGGGGGUUGUUUUUUAAGAAUUAAGACAGCUUUGUUAUAAUCCUGUUUUUGUAUAUGUCAAAUGCAGCCCUCCCUCUUCUCUUGUGUCUUUGACGAACGCCUUUCUGUCUGCCUCUGGACUUGGGACUGUGAAAGGGUAAAACAGCCAUGUCUGUUGAUAGUUGUUCUAUUAUUAAGUGUAUCUGAAUCAUUUUCUUCAUUCAUCUAGAUACUGGAUAUGUGCUUAAGAAAAUAAAUGAGAGAUGUUUUAAAAAUGUUGCAACUUACUUACUACUACCUAGUUCAUGUUCAACCAUCAGUGGGCUUCACUCUAACCUUCUUGAGCUCUGCAUCGGCAUGAAUUUUAAGCCUGAACCCUACCCAUGCCCGUAACAUUCAGGCCUGAUUGCUUCUGCCAGAAGUACGAAAUCAGAAAUAGCUUCCUCCGUUAGUAAAUCCGUUAACUACAUAUGACUGAUCAAUCGGGAAUUACCUUAACAUUUUAGCAAGGAUCUCCCGCGAUACGGAUUGAAUCCAGACCUCAAUCUUUUCUCUGUGUUGGAGGGCAAGGAGAAGGAAUAGACACAGUGACGACCUUUUCCUUGAAGAUGAUUGAUUAACUGAAGGUGAUGACCUCAGUGUUUUAAUGUGAACGUCAAGGGCCCUUCUCCCUCACGGUUCUAGCAUUCUGUACAUUGCAAAGCAAAGAGUGGACGGAAUACUCUGCAGGGUAACAACGUAUAUUUGUGUCCAUCCCUGUGAUUUCAAUUAGGCCCCAAAAAGCGGCGGGGGAAUGGAAGGGUUUUAAUCCUCCCCAGCUGUGUCUAUCAAUUAGCCACACCAUUAAUCCCCAGGACCUAAAUCUCAUUAUAUAGAGCGCCUUUAAUAAGACACCCAGAGAGAGGGGAGAGAAAGGGGGGAGAGAUAUGGGCUAAAAGGAUGCAGCCUACAGUGAAAAGAUCAGAGCUACUGUAUAUGGGUACUUCAGAAACCUGAGAGGAUGGACAGAGCAGAACCUACAGAGGGAUGUUACAUUAUAUUCUUUAAAAAAGGGUUGUUUAAAAAAAAAGGGGGGGAGGGGGGGUUUGACCCAGGUUCACUCAGACCCAACUCUUGUUACUAGAGAGAGAGAGAGAGAGAGCUGUGCUGAUAGGCUUUGGGAGCAUGCUACAUACUGUGGCUGACAAUGAGGUGUGCUUUGAUUCCACAGUUAAUCUCUACACUUGAGAAGGAAGCCUGGCAUUAAGGAGAUUAAAUAUUCAAGCCUUCUAUGUAAUAAGGAAUCCUUCUAUAUAAUACAGAAUACUUUUAUUUGCAGUGCAUGGUGACUCACAUCUAGGGUUGCAAAGGGAUAUUACUGGAAACUUUCUAAGUUUACCAGUAAACUACCAGAAUUUUGGUAUCUUUCAAGGAUUUUAUGUAAUCGAUCAUAAAAUAUGCUUCAGAAUAUCACAGGUGAUUCUCUUUGUGUUCUUAUCACAUGUAAAAUAUAUGAAAUCAUUGAAUAAGAUUAUUUUUAAAUAGAAAAUGUAAUGACAAAACUGUAAAACAUUAUCCUAAACAUAAGCCAUCAAUUUAGUGAAUACCGUUGGUGUUACAGUUGAGGGUUUCAGUACGGAAUAUACUUUAUUUUAUAACCUUUUUUAAUAUAUAUUAUGUAAUUGUAUUGGCAUCAAACUGGUGGCAGUUGUGAAAAAAAUCAAUAGUUUUAGGAGUUGCAGAUGAUGAUGAUGAAAAGGAGAGUUACUUUAGUGUUUCUUCAAGGGUUAUGCUACUUCAAUAUAUACCAAACAUUAAGAACCCCCCAUUCUUGAUACACAUGGGAAAGUGUUAGGCCCAGUAGCGUUGCAGUUUCUGACACAAACAGAUACGCAUGGCACCUACUAUCAUAUCCCAUUCAAAGGCACUUAAAUAUUUUGUCUUGCCCAUUCACACUCUGAAUGGCACACAUACACAAUAUAUGUCUCAAUUAUCUCAAGGUUUAAAAAUGUCACCAAUUGAAGUGGAUUUAACAAGAGACAUCAAUAAGGGAUCAUAGCUUUUACCUAGAUUCACCUGGUCAGUCAAUGUCAUGGAAAGAGCUGGUGUUCUUCAUGUUUUGUAUGCUCAGUGUAUUGACAAGCAGUUCUUGUGGCUCUGCAUUGCUUGAUAAAGAGAAAGAAAAGCCAAGUUGAGGUGACUUGUUGAUAAAUGGUGUAUACUAAGCAAGAGCUUAGCAGUUGGCCAUCAGCCAGCCCCUUAUGUAUUGUAAAUAAAGUUCUCGUUUUCAAAUG